AUUUAUCUGUAAAAAACAGAUUUGAUUUCUAAAUAUGGAUUCAGCUUCGACUUUCUAACCAAAAUCCAGUUAUAGUCUGUUAACAUCGAAGCAAAAUUUAAAAAGAUCUUUACCAUAUUGUUUUUCCUUCCUUUUAAUGUCGCUUCAAUUUUCUGUAAAACAAAUGAGUUUACUUUUCUCGGCAUCCAAACACGACUCAGAAGUCAGAACCGAUCAUGAUGUUAUCCGAGAAGCCAAAAGAGCCAAUCAGCAAGCGCCAACAACUGCACCACAUUUUCCAUAUACGAAGGUGCUUUUCAGGUAAAAAGAACAACAACGCCAAUUCCAUCACCAUCUUCGCAUCGAUAAACAAGUCCUUUGUUAAAUGUACCCAUCAGCUCUCCAAGGUUUUAUCGGUGCUUGCCCGUAAAGUAACCCCAUCGUGUCGCAUUAAGGGAUUCGAGGUUAUCGAAAAGAAAGACAAACGCCAGUUCGAUUACGUCGAUGUUAAAGUCGUCCGUCCCACACUUCAACUCCAAUUCGAGCCAUGUAGUUUUAACGUCUUGCCUCUACCGACACCGUUUCUUGUUUUACAGCGGAACUUGCUUCCACCGUUGGGACCGGAUAAAAAAGGGACCAUCGUGCUUGACUUGGAUGAGACGUUGGUGCAUUCGAGACUCGGCCCGCCUCCACCGAGGUACGAUUUCGCGGUUUCGAGGGUGAUGGACGGAGUGACGAUUUAUUUCUACGUGUUUAAACGGCCUGGGGUCGACGAGUUCUUGGAGAUCAUCAGCACGAAAUAUGAGGUCGUCGUUUUCACGGCGGGGCACAAAGCGUACGCGUCCAAGGUGAUUGACACGCUCGACCCUACAGGAUUGAUAUCGCAUAGGUUUUAUAGGGAUUCAUGCAAGCAAGUGCGGGGGAAAUUCAUCAAGGACUUGUCGGACAUAGGGAGGGACUUGAGGAAGACUGUCAUCGUCGACGAUAACCCAAAGUCGUAUUCGUUGCAACCGGAAAACGGGAUACCGAUCAAGCCGUUCUACGGCGAUGAGCUUUGGGACAGGGAAUUGAUGAAGUUGGCCGGUUUUUUCGAGAGAUGCGAUGUUUUUCAAGACAUGAGAGACGCUGUGAACCAUUAUCUUGGAGGUGCUAAAGAUUAA